AUGUCUUUCAACAUCAACCGGUUCAAUCCUCAAUCAGCCGCCGAGAAAGCGGUUUCAGUUAUCGGCUUCGGCUACAAUCUCUGUAACGAUUUGCGAUUGUCUUCUUGCAAGCCGGGUCCAUCGGGGUCUAAGCUGAUCGAUAUCGACUUCACUCGAAGUAGAGACCUUGUACUUCCGGCCGGCGUUGUCGUCCCUAAUGUUCCUACUUCCAUCAACUGUGAUAAAGGCGAGCGUACCCGAUUCCGGUUCAUUGAGAAAUAUGGUACUCAUGUGGUUGUGGGUGUAAAAAUGGGAGGAAAAGAUGUCAUUUUCAUGAGGCAAUUACGAGAAUCGAAGGUAGAGCAAACCGAUGUGCAGAAGAAGUUAAAGAAAUUAGCAGAUGAUAAAUUUUCUGAAGAUGCAAAUGGAGGUUUCACGUCCAAUUCUGUUGCAGCAAAAAUCAAGGAUGAAUAUUCUCUGCCAUGGGAGCUUCGUAAUGCAUUUGCUGCCUCUAUCAAACCACCAGUGAUCAAUCACUCAAAGGGUGAUGAGUUAACAGCGAUUUAUAUUAGAUUUUGA